AUGACGCUGCAGCCUCUUCACGACAACCCGGACCUCGUUGUCGAUAAAGCCAUGGCAAUUGUCGAACGACAUGAGAUUUCGAGAGCAUCGAAUGAUGCACCCGAGUCUGGAGUCAGCAGCUCCAUUGAACGCCAGAGAACGGGCUCGACAUCGCGAUCUGGACGGCUAUUUCCAGCAUCAUUGAUUCCUGGGCAAGCCAAGCGUGGCGUCUUCCGGCCAGCAUUGAAACGGCUUCUUCCAGGACAUGCAUUGCGCACCAAGAAGGCGUCCGCUGUUCGAGGCAAAACUGAACGGCCACCGGGUUCUUCAGACUCAUCAAAUGGCCACCAAGGGACACCGAAAUCGUCGAGACUUGGGCUUGGGAAAUAUGCUCACGAAGACGAGAUGCCGGUAUGGCUAAUUAAACUGCUUGAAAAGAAAGGAGCCGUCCGAGCAAGUGGCGUGAUACCAGCUCUAAAACACUUGCUAGAGUUGAGCGCACCCACUGAAUAUGCCUAUCUAUGCCAUCCAGAUGCCUUGCAUGUAGCAAAGAGAGGAAAGAAGAGUGCAGAUGCUUAUCAAUCAAUUCCCUAUCUAGGUGGUUUUUGCGGCUAUCGCAACAUACAAGUUCUUGCUGCGCACAUCAUCGGAACCCAGACUGAAGGGUGGAAGCAGUUCGGGGAUGAUAUCCCAAGCAUCUUUGAAAUACAAAACCUAAUUGAGACAGCUUGGGAUCGCGGCUAUAACGUCAGAGGACGCAUUGAGACAGGAGGGAUCAAGGGGACGCGCAAAUACAUCGGGACACCUGAGGCUCAAGCUCUAUUUUCCAGCAUGGGAUUCCCGUGUUCCGUGCAAGCCUUCAGAACCUCCAAUGAGCAAAGCGCCAAUGCUGCAGGCCGCCUAUUGCAAGCAAUUGAGGAUUAUUUUCAGCAAGGUGCGGCAGACUGCCUAACCCACAAGGUCCGAUCUACCCAACUCCCACCUAUAUAUCUACAGCGACCCAGCCACUCUGUUACAAUUGUUGGGAUGGAGAAGCUGAAGGACGGACAUGUCCAACUCUUGGUAUUCGACCCUGAAUUCCAGAGUUCCGAGGCUGUCACGAGUCUUGCAACCAAAGCUACUCGCCGUAGGCAGGCGAAGAUUAACAGGCUUUUGGAGCCAUAUCGCCGCAGCGACACUCACCUAGAGCGUUUCAAGGAGUUUGAGGUACUAUAUGUGGAGGAGCUGUUUUCCGAGCCAAGUCCUUUGGAGUUCAUGCGCUACGUGGCUCGCAACACGCCUUUUGUGAUCCGAGGAGGAGCCUCUCACUGGAAAGCGACUCAGAAAUGGAACUCGACCUAUCUAAAAUCAGCUCUCGACGGCCAAUCUGUCAACGUCGCUGUCACUCCUUUCGGCAAUGCCGAUGCUCCAACAUUUUCCCCCGAACACGAGGCAACCGUAAUUGCAAAGCCUCAUGAAGAAGUUCAGCGUUUCAGCGACUUCUUUACUUAUGUCACUCAGCAAGAGACGGACCCGGGGCUCCUAAGCGACUCUGAAGUGAGAUACGCCCAAACUCCUCUAUAUUCCGAUGCCCAAAAGGAUAUUCCCUUUGCGCGCAUAGCUCUUGAAAAAGAACCAGACGCCAUCAAUUUAUGGAUUGGAAACUCGAGGUCUACUACGGCUUUGCACAAGGACAACUUUGAAAACAUUUUUGUGCAGAUCGUGGGCAGGAAACACUUUGUCUUGCUGCCCCCGCUAUUUCAUGUUUGCGUUAAUGAGAGGCCUGUUCUCCCGGCAACGUAUGUCCGACAAGGCGAUGGCUUCACUCUUCGUCUCGAUCCUGAUUCUCUGCCCGUGCCGUUGGCGACUUGGGACCCGGACAAUGCUGAGAGGAAUUCUACGCAUGUGUCUGCUUUGGCGAAGCCCCUUCGUGUGACGCUAAACCCUGGAGAUAUGUUGUAUCUUCCAGCUAUGUGGUAUCAUAAAGUCAAGCAGUCGUGCAUCAGCGGUGGUGAAGGUUUUGUUUUAGCCAUUAACUAUUGGUAUGAUAUGGAAUUUAGCGGCCCCUUGUAUCCAAUGACAUCCUUCCUUCGGGAACUCGGAACUCUCAAGCAGUCUAUGUCUCGAACAGAUGAAUCAACGCUUUGA